ACCUCAGGGGCUUGAACUCUCUUGGUCAUGUGACCAAGCAAUAAAGUGACCAGUGGUGUUGCUGGGCUCCGACUGUGGCCAGAGAGAGACGGGCUGUCGUGGACAGAGGUUGCUGGGAGGAAGAGCAGAGAAAGAUUAAUAAGAAAACUAGACAUGAGGAGAGCAGGCAGGUUGUGUUUUAGCUGAGUCCAUGCUUGAAUGGGGUCCAGGCAGACUGGGAGAAGCAUGAAAUGGAUACAUGGCAAGAUGAUGCAGCUGACCAGCGUACUUGCCUCAUCUGUGGGGAUCGGGCCACAGGCCUGCACUAUGGCAUCAUCUCCUGUGAGGGCUGCAAGGGCUUCUUCAAGCGCAGCAUCUGCAACAAGCGGGUGUAUCGCUGUAGCCGCGACAAAAACUGCGAGAUGUCACGCAAGCAGCGCAACCGUUGCCAGUACUGCCGUCUGCUCAAGUGCCUGCAGAUGGGGAUGAACCGCAAAGCAAUCAGGGAGGAUGGCAUGCCAGGAGGGAGGAACAAAAGCAUCGGGCCUGUGCAGAUCACAGAGGAGGAGAUAGAGAGGAUCAUGUCGGGGCAGGAGUUUAAAGAGGAUGCUCCCGAGCACCCCUGGGGCAACAAUGGUGACAGCGACCACAGCUCCCCCAGCAACGGAGCCUCGGAGGGCAACCAGCCGUCACCUGCCUCCACUCUGUCAUCCAGCCGAUCUGUAGAGAUGAAUGGCUACAUCGCAGCCCUGGGGGACCAGUACUUCAACAACUCCAUGUCCUCACACUACCAGCUUCUACCUCACCUUUUUAGCUACGCUGCUCAGUCCGGCUUGUUGACAUCCCAGCCUCGCAGCCUCUACCCACAGUCCCACCCUCUGGUGCUGCAGCUGGUGGCUGCUGAGGACCUGUCCCCCCUGACCACUCCUAUGCUCAUAGAAGAUGGGUACAAGUUGACCCAGGUGGAGCUGUUCACUCUGCUGUGUCGUCUGGCAGACGAGCUGCUCUUCCGCCAGAUCUCUUGGAUCAAGAAGCUGCCAUUUUUCUGCGAGCUCUCCAUAGAGGACUACACAUGCCUGCUGAGCUCCACCUGGCAGGAACUCAUCCUGCUUUCCUGCCUCACCAUCUACAGCGCCCAGAUCUUUGGAGACCUGGCCGACGUCACCGCCAAGUACACACCUUCUGACGACGAAAUCCAGGGCUUCAGUGAAGAUGGGAUGGAAGUGAUGGAAAGGUUGAUAUAUCUGUUUCGCAAGUUCCAUCAGCUAAAGAUCAGUAAUGAGGAGUAUGCCUGCAUGAAAGCCAUCAACUUCCUCAACCAAGAUAUCAGAGGAUUGUCCAACAUCUCCCAGCUUGAGCAGCUGAACAAGCGCUACUGGUAUGUGUGUCAGGACUUCACUGAGUACAAGUACCCUCACCAGCCCAAACGCUUUCCUGAGAUCAUGAUGUGUCUGCCUGAGAUCCGCUGCAUUGCAGCGUUGGGCUCGUAG